AUGGAGAAUAAAGACACAGCAAUGGCUUUGAUUCGACAUUAUUGCAAUGAAAAAUAUUUCAAUCAUGUUGCUAAUGCCACAGCAACUGCACAGAAAAAGUUUCGAAAUGAGCCGGUCUUCAGUGUCUUCCGCGCAUAUGGCGCUUUGAUGCAAGGUCAAGUUCGACAAGCUGCAGCUGAGUUGGACACGAUAAAAGAUCGAUCAGAUGUGUCUCUCUGCUCUCUCAUGGCACUCAUCUACGCUGAGAAAAAAAAGACGACACCAGAUAGAGAAGUUAUUCGCGAGCUUGAAACUAAAAUGAGAGAGGAUCGCAAAAGUGCAUCUCCCCAGAGUCUUUACUAUGCAGGGAUGUUUCUUUGGCUAUUGGGUCGAAAUGAUAAAGCGAGGGAAUACACGGAACGAAUGAUCAAACUCACCAAUAACACCAAAGAGGGGAUAAUUCUGAAAGCAUGGAUAGAUGUGACGUGUGGGAAAGAUGACUAUGUCAGAAAAGCUGGGAAAUUAUUUGAUGAAGGCCUGAAAGAUGGAGCAGAUGUUUUUGCUCUAAUGGGAAAGGCACAAUACUUUGAAAAUUGCCAAAACUACUCAGAAGCAUUAGGAGUGGUUAAUAAGGUCAUUGCCAGUUUCCCUGGGUUCUUACCAGCGCUUAUUAAGAAGAUGACACUUUUUUUAAAUCUCCAAGACUGGGAACAAACCACGGAGGCAGCAGUAAGAGUUCUGCAAAUGGAUGCAAAUAAUCUGAAUGCUCUACAUCUUCUAACUCUGCAUUCAUUAUGUAUAAAUGGAGAUAUGACUGAGUCAAUUACACAUCUCACCAACCUCAUUAAAAGUCUGGAGGUGCAAGAACCACACAACCCUGAACUCGCUUACAGGAUGUCUCUGGCAUUCAGUCGAGUCUGUGGACGAAAUGAGAUGGUGCUUGAGCAGGUGUUCAAAAUAGUGGAAAAAGCAUUCAGCGAGAUGCAAGGAAGCUCAGAUUUCGCGGCAGAGUUGGGCUAUCUCAUGCUUCUUCAGGGGAAAAUCAAGGAGGCUGUGAAGUGGUACAAGACAGCCAUGACAUUGGAUGAGAUGAGCCUCACUGCACUCACUGGUAUAAUUUGGUGCCAACUGAUUGAGGGUUGCGUUGAGGAAGCUGAGAAAGAUUUGGAAUUUUUGACGGAGGUUCAACAGACCACUGGAAAAUCAGGGGAAAUCCUGUACUUGCUUGCGCUGGUAGCAAUUAAAAAGCGCCGUCCCCAAGAAGAGAUAACCAAGCUUCUAAAAGAUGCAGUAGAAACCCACUUUUCCACUCUCCAAGGUCUGCCUUUAACUGUGGGGUACUUUCAGAAGAUGAACCCUGACUUCCUCUUACAGAUUGUCAAGGAGUAUCUUGCUCUGUGUCCUUCUAAGCCUUCAGGUCAGGGCCAGUCUUUUGCCCCACAGCUCAGGCACUGUGCUUCCUUGUUGGAUACAGUUGUCAGGGUUGUUCCAGGUCUCCUUCAAGGGGUCUUCUUGCAAGCCAAAGUCAGAUAUCAGUCUGGUAAUGUGGAUGCUGCUCAGAACAGUCUACAACACUGCUUGGAACAAUGUCCUUCGCAUACAGAUGCUCAUCUGCUCAUGGCACAGAUCCACUUGUUGCGGGGUAAUUUCACUUUGUGUUUCCAGUCGCUUGAACUCUGCCUCAGCCAUAACUUUGAGAUUAGAGAGCAUCCAUUGUACCUCCUGAUCAAGGCUCAAGCUAAGAAGAAAAUGGGUGAGCUGACAGAAGCCAUUCAGAUUUUGCAAUUGGCAAUGAAUCUUCCAGGUGUCUACAAGGCUGAAUCCUUAACCAUGUCCAAAAACAAAAUCGUACUGAGUUCUGCAGAUUGUGUCUGUGUCUUCUUGGAAUUAGCUGAGGCUUUGCGGCUCAGUGAUAAACAGCAAGAAGCAGCCAGUGUAAUGCAGGAUGCAAUCAAUAAAUUCUCUGGUACUCCUGAAGAGCUCCGAGUCACUAUUGCAAAUGUAGAUCUAGCGUUGUCACAAGGUGACACAGAGUUGGCACUGAAUAUGCUGAGAAACAUUACACCUGAGCAGCUCUACUACAUUCAAGCUAAGGAGAAAAUGGCAGAUAUUUUCCUGAAUCACAAAAAAGAUAAGCGUCUGUAUGUAAGCUGUUACAGGGAAAUAGUUGACAAGAUACCCAGUCCUCACACAUACGUCUUACUUGGAGAAGCUUACAUGCACAUUUUAGAGCCAGAGAAAGCCAUUGAGGUUUAUGAGCAUGCUUUGGAGAAAACACCGGAAGAUGGAGCUCUAGUGAGCAAGUUUGGCAAAUUUCUGAUCAAGACUCAUUACUUUGACAAAGCAUUACAUUACUAUGAGGCUGCAUUGAAGACCGGACAUCAGAACUUUCUUCGCUAUGACCUGGCCGAGUUGCUGAUGAAGAUGAAACAGUAUGAACGUUGUGAGAGUGUUCUUCAUGAUGCUCUGUCUCAUAAGCCAGUGAAUGGACUAGGUGCACUCUCAGAUGAUUGUCGUUGCUUGAUGUUGCUGGCAAAGGUCCAAAAUAGGGUUGACAAAGCUGAAGAGGCUUUAAUAUCACUACAAAGGGCACGGGACGUUCAGGCCAGAGUGCUGAAGCGGGUGCAAUUGGAGCAGCCAGACAGCUUCGACGUACAGAAGCAACUUGCUGCCAAGAUCUGCACUGAGAUCGCUCAACACUACACCAGUCAGAGGGUCUACGACAAAGCAAUCGAGUUUUAUAAAGAAUCCCUUAGCCAUUGUGAGACUGAUCAUAAGGUGAUGCUGGAGUUGGCCCAGGUAUUCUUCAUUUUAGAUGAUAUUGAUGCAUGUCAGGAACAGUGCAGCGUUGUCUUGAGGAAUGACCACUUUAAUAAAGAUGCAACUCUGAUGAUGGCUAAUCUUAUGUUCAGGAGAAAAAAUGACGAGCAAGCACUUUUCCAUUAUAGGCAACUCUUGGAGUGCAAUCCAGAUGACUUCUCAACCGUAUCACGUCUCAUUGACUUGUUGAAGAAGGCAGGGAAGUUAGAUGAGAUGCCCAGAUUUUUUGAAAGGUUAGAAAACAAUUCUACCAGGCUUGCAUUCGACCCUGGGUUUCACUACUGUAAAGGACUUUAUUUUUGGUACACCGGACAACCGAAUGCUGCCCUGCAUCACUUCAACCAGGCUAGAAAAGACACAAAGUUGGGUCAAAAUGCUGUUCAUAAAAUGAUUGAAAUCUACCUUAAUUUCAACAAUGACAUUAUGGGAGUGGAAAUAUCUAACCUAGAUCUUAGAUUUGGCAGCACUACAGAGAAGCAGGAGAUGGAGAGGAUUUCUGUGACAACAGCUCAUCAGCUCUUGAAGGAGAUAAAGCCAGAAACACCUGAAGGACAUUUAAAGCUUCACAUACUGGAGAACUACUGCUUACUGGCCACUAAACAGGAAGUCAAUAUAAAAAAAGCCCAUUCUGUUUUCACAGAACUCGCAACGAAUGUAAAAGGACGCGUACCAGCACUACUAGGCAUCGCAACAGCUUCAAUGAUGUUGAAACAAAUGCCUCAAGCUAGAAACCAACUAAAACACAUAACAAAGAUGAUAUGGAAUAUUGUUGAUGCAGAGGAGUUUGAAAAGAGUUGGCUCCUCCUGGCGAACAUUUACAUUCAUUCGGGGAAGUAUGACUUGGCAGAUGACCUCCUCAAGAGAUGCCUCAACCAUAACAAGUCAUGCUGUAAGGCUUAUGAGUAUCGGGGUUUCAUUAUGGAAAAUGAGCAAGCAUUCUGUGAUGCAGCAUUCAACUAUAAACUGGCUUGGAAGUACGGAAAUCAAUUCAACCCAACUGUUGGAUACAAACUUGCCUUGAACUAUUUAAAAGCAAAACAGAAUUUUGAUGCCAUAGAUGUGUGCCAUAAGGUGCUUGCUACUCAUCCCAAUUUUUCAAAAAUUAGAAUUGACAUCUUGGACAAAGCGUGUGCUGCGUUAAGGCCAUAG